GGUUUUGCUACCUAUAUAUACUUGAUCCAGUUUGCAACCCGGCUACAGACCGAACAGAAAAAUUCGCCCGAGAGUGUCGUGAUGUUUCUUGCAUCCCUUCGUUCACAAAUACCUAACCUCGUUCGUCAAGGAGCUACUAAAUCCAUUGUCCAAGCCCCCACAUCAAUCAAAUAUCCAACUUUAACUCUCCGUUUAUAUUCAUCUUCUCUACCAAAAGCCAUGGAAAAACACGAAGUCGUUCCCGAUGUCAUUCCUGUUGCUCCCAAAGAGCUCCUAACUGUCAAAUACGAUUCGGGUGUUUCUGUUGACCAAGGCAACGUACUAACUCCAACUCAAGUUAAAAACCAACCCACAGUCGAUUGGAAUGCCGACGCCAGUGCAUUGUACACUCUUUGCAUGACCGAUCCCGAUGCACCAAGUCGCAAAGAACCAACUUACCGCGAAUGGCAUCAUUGGCUAGUUGGCAACAUUCCUGGCAAAGACAUCUCCAAGGGAGAAGUGUUGUCGGCUUAUGUUGGCUCUGGCCCACCAGAGGGAACCGGUCUGCACCGUUAUGUCUUUUUGGUGUACAAACAAGGCGGCAAAUUGACCUUUGACGAGCAAAGAUUGCCCAAUACGAGUGGAGACGGACGUGGAUGUUUUAAGAUUCAGAAAUUUGUUGAAAAAUACAAUUUGGGUACUCCGGUGGCUGGCAAUUUGUAUCAAGCUGAAUAUGAUGAUUAUGUUCCAAUUCUUUACAAACAAUUGGGUGCUUAAGGAAAAAGCUGUGGAAGAUGGGAGCGAUUUGUCUAACAAGGCAAUUGGUAUCAUUUUAAUUACGUAAUUUGAUUUGUUUUCCAAUUAAUUAUAAAAAAAAAUUAUAAACAAUAAAUUCUGAAAUCUGGAAGUGAUAUAUUAUUCAAUAAAGAAGAUAUUUUUUGAGAAUGCCAAAGGCAUGCAAAAAAUUUUAAUUAA